AUUUGCGUGUAGAUUAAGGAACUGUUUGCUUUUCAGGUGAGGAAAAUUUUCGAGUGACCUUAUCGUCCAAGGCGUGGUUGUCUCUUUAGCUCUGUUAACGCCCAGGAGAAGUCAGUUUUUUGUGGCAAAUCAGGUGCGUGAGAUAUUUAUCACAACUCGGCUGAUUAAGCGAAAACGGUGGGCCUUAAAUUGUCAAACUCCUCGCGAUUGCGGCUGCACCUCAUAUACCUGAUCUGUAGCAAGAGGUAGUUCAUUAGGCGGUUGAUCGAUAUUUUAAGAGUUCGUGUGGAAUCCUUCCAAGGCUGGUUGUUUCCAUGAAUUUUUAAACACUGAGUUGAUAUAACAAGUUCUUGUGCUGAUUAUGUCGUUAGUAAAGGUAUCAUCACAGUCAGCGGACAAGAAGCGUAAUCGUGGAGGUAAGUCAGAGAGAUAUAUUAACUGCUUUCUUAACUUUGGUUGUGUCCGUGUUAACAAUGUAAUUUGUCUAAGAAAACACCAGGAAAGGAAUUUGAGAGAAAUGUCAAAAUUUAAAGUUCUUUAAGUUUCGUGUUUAUUCACCCUCUCAUAACAUAAUGUCUCGAUUCAAAUAUACCAUGGCAUUGUAUUUUCUUCGUCAUUGGGCAGACCACUCUCAGAUAGGUUUGAAUAAAAAUGGUUUUAAUUCGAGCGAAACAAAUAGGAAUUGUCACUGAGUUAAUAUUACAACCUGCUCUUAUGCCUUGUCAUUACUUUCAAUUCAUAGAGUAAGGUUUGGGGAACAUCACCCGCAUCGGGCGGGAAAAUGAAUACUUUUCUAUAAAUUGUAUCUGCAUUUCUCGGUAAUAUUCCUAUCUCUUGGUUUUCAAUCAAGUUUUUUACUAUAAGUUAUGACAAAUUCUUUUUGUACAAAAAGCAAAAGAAAAUUUCCGCUGGUGGGUAAAAUUUUGCGUCCGUCUAAGUUCCUAGUUCAUAAGCGUCUACCAGUGGCGAAGGGCAAAAGACUCUCAAAGUUCAGAGCAUUAUUGCAACGUUAUCACCAUCUUUAAAAUCAUUGUUGAUAAAUUGAACGGUGAGAGAAAUCCCGCCCUAAACCUCAUUUCCCUAACCCACCAAAUUAAAAGAAUAUAUGAUGUAAGGUGUUUGUUAUCAGGCGGUUGACAAUAAGAUAAACUCCACCCACGUUAACCCGCUAUUUACAAACAAGUGGUAAGGGGAGCAAUUUGUCACAAAAUUUGCGGCUUCCUAAGAAUUCCCACACGAGUAAAGUAAAUUACAGCAAGGAACUCGUCUUAACUGAUGUAGAAAGGUAUUUAUAUUUCCAUAGCAAGGUAACGAGGAUACAAAUCCAACAGUUUACCUCGUCCUGGACGCAUUUAUUCGCGAAAAUAUGCUCCGGAGGUUGUUCAGCUUUCGCAAAUCAAAACAGGAAGACGAUGACAACGCCGAAUCUCAGAAAGAAAAUGUUGACCCAAACUCUCAGCUUCAGGAACUUGAAGCCGCUCAACCAGUCAUGAAAGCAAACCAGCCGAUGUCGUGUAUUUUGAAAUCUACGUCAGACGUAAAAGCGAUUAGAGAAUCAUAUGAGGGCAAUUACAUUGAACCAAAUGUCCCUGACUCAGUCGGUAAACUUGACGACAGAGCCGAGGAGAGAACUUUGGAAAAGAAGCAUGAAAUAUCCGAAUUGUGUUUAGUUUUGGAAUCUUCGACGCUUUCUGAUACAGAGAGCGAGACGAAAGACAGUGAGAGUAUCAAGGAUGAACUCUCUGUUUUAGACGAAUCUGAACGGUGUGACAGUUCAACAUCUACAGAGGACAAAGAAGAGAGCGGCAUCGAGCAAGACUUCGAACCAGCCAUUGCGAACCAGACUUUAAGAACAAAUACUGAGCAGUCAACUACAGAACUAAAACCAAAUUCCGUCAGUCUGGAUAAGAUUGCCAAUAGUUACCGGAUGACUUUAAAUCCCAUAAACCUUAAGUCGCAUCUGACACGAAACGAUCGAAUCAAAACAUCAUUGACUCGAAAUUCUCAACGAGUGCCAGACGAGAUGAAGCAAAAGAAGAACAGCUGUAACAGUUACCCUGAGAAAUUUCCUUCUAUUGUACCCUCCAAAGGGUUUCAAAGACAGUUUUUUCCUCAAAGAGUUCAGCAUUCCAGGGCACUCUCCGUUAAACCAGCUCCACGACAGGCCCGUCGAAAUAAGGUCCCGGAAUUGUUUGGGGACAUAAUCAUAAAGGAUCAACGCAGCGCCACGUCUAAGUAUCAGUCUCCUAUAAGGAAAGGUAUUUUAAAAUAUCCCGGUAACUCUAAAUCUUCGGCUGCAGGAGUAAGGUGUGCCGCAGCGAUGCCGAAGAAAAACAAAGCUAUGUCACAGAAAGAUAAAAAGAUGUCACUGUCGUCAGAUAGUGGGCUCAGCGACAACGAAGGUUCCAGCGGUGAUGAACAAAAGCGCAUACCUGUCAAGAAAAUCUUCAGUAACCAACAGGCUCUGCGGAAGAGAAUAGAUGAUUUAAAUGGGAUGUUGAAGACAAUGGAGCAACAGAGGUCUGAACUGCAGUCGGUAUUGCAGAUAGUCAAUGACUGGACCGAGGAUUUACGCGCGGUUAACAGAACCAAUUUAGGUGUCCCAUACAUACGGGCUAUCAAGCAGUUGCUGGCCAAACAGCGCAUUGCCUUGAGCAGUAGGAAAAGUGACUUUAAUAAACGAAUUGACAAGCUGAAGGACGCUGAAGUUCCCUUCACAGAAGAGCUGGGUACUUUGAUUCAGCAGUUACGUCAAGAAGUCACGUGCGUUGUUAGAGAUCAGCGAAAAUACAGCGCAAGAAGCAUUGAGAAUAUUCGUCAGCUCCAAGGAAGAAUUAUUGGAACCUGUUCGGCAAUUCUAGCUGUCUAUUAUGAAGAAUGACCAGUAAAACUAUUUUCUGUAACAAAAUGUGGUACGCACGGAUCCCCUAUAACACGAACAUUUUGUAGAUUUUUUUACCAGUACAGCGAGAUAUAUAGCAAUGAUUGAGCCUAUCUGGCCGGAUUUUUUAGAGAUUUCCAUUUCUUAUUUUGCGCAGUAGUUUAUAGCAACUGAUCAGUUUUCAAGGCAGUUUUUUAGUCCACCCACAUGUCCGUAAUUUCUUCAACAAUUUUGCAGUGAAUUUAAUUUUGGUUCAAUAAAGAUUACAAAAUCAAAA